UGAGCAUCACAACGACGCGAUCGUGACAUGUGCGUCCCUGUAACAACAACAACAUAGAGAUUCCUCCUUCCCUGUCCUCAGUGCUCGUUUGCAAUUCACUACUACAGACAUCGUGUAGAUUGGUCGUACAAGUAUAGCGAUUAACACGAUGGCGUCGGCAACCUCCCAAUCACACCCUCUCUUGCAGGCUUCCUCGGCUGCCUACGCCAUCUUGGCAAUUGGCCAUACAAUGAAAGGUCUCGAUCAGUUCAAACACCCCACGAUGAACACCCUCCCAGUCAUGCUCCGCGGUGCCAGUAAGAUCGGUUGGUACGAAGGUAGCGGUUUCUUCCUGAUGAUGAGCAUCCUCAAUUACAAAUGGUCGGUUACUGGUAUCUACGAUGUGUACGACAAGAGCAUCGCAGGCAUCUUGACAGGUAUGCUAGCUGCUGCUGGUGCGGCUUACUGGAAGAGCAACGAUAAACCUACAGCCAUUACACUGGCUGUUGUUGCAAUUUUGCAGGGACUUGGUAUGAGAAAUGGUUCGUAUUCCCGUUUUGCGUAGGUUCUGUGGCGCACACGCAGCAGGGUCAACUACCUCAUAAAAGCAAAAUACAUUAUCAUUACUGCUAUGCCAGGCCCCACUAUUGAGCCUGCUAUCGAAGAAACCAUCAUCGUAAACUUGUAAGUCAUGAACGAAGGAAAUGAUGGGUA